AUGAUUUUCCUUUUCUGUCAAUCCACUCCCGAUGGAGAGGCACAAGCAACUCGGCAGAAGCUUGUCGAGUUUGCGCUGCCGUUCGUAACACGCUCUAUACCUGGUCAUAGAGUCACGGCGGUCGCUGUGCUGGCCCAGGUUUCAUCUGGUCCCGAGGAAGAGCAGACCCCCAUCGAGCACGUGUUAGGCCCAGUAGACCGUCUGACCCCCGGAACUAGCGAGCAAGCUUGCUGGGAGCUAGCACACACCGACCUGGAGCAGCCCAGUGUUCGAAAGCAUGCCACCAGAGGCCUCGCCAACGUGCUGCUGCUAGCAGCCGAUAAGGAGAGCGAGCUCGCGCAGUUGAUGAAAGACCGGGCGAUUCUGGAUCGAUUCACCCUUUCUCUAAAGGAGGCCGACACGGACCUCGUCCAAGAGGCGGUCAAUGCCAGCCAUCGAGCGGCCGUCCUCCGUCCCAUCGGCUGCGAUCCGGAGGUCUGGGAGUCUCGAUUGCUAACUGAAUUGGGACCGGUUCUGCACCCGUUGACUGCGUCUUCAUCACCAGCUGUGAAAAAGUCUGUGUUCUACCUCCUGAGCAAGCUGAGCCAAAUCUAUGCAACUCAUCUUCGUUCUACCUCUGCCUCCGGUAGCAGCUUCUCUCAAGUCGAAGCGCGAGUCGCCGUUGUCUGUGCGAUUCGACUGUGGGAUAACUCAGUGGCCGUCAGCGACUCCGCCAAGAGGUGUCUGGCUAUGCUUCUGAGGGAUCCUGAGUCCCAUGAUUCGCUGCUUACCGAAUCGGCCAAGUCCGCUGCCGCUCUGCGCGACCUUGUCCACGUUCUUGUCAAUGCUCGGGAUAGGCGCCUCCUCACUCAAGGCUGUGAUUUGGAGUACCACGUCGAGACUUGCUGCGGGUUCAUCAACGGCAUCACAGAUGGUGGCAUCGAAAUUGCGGCGGCAACGAUUGCAGUGAAUCUUCUGGCUGACCUGAGCACAGUCGCAAUUAGCCGAGAUACGCUGACUGACCUCCAUUCGUCUACUCCCAGUACUUCUUCCAUUGUCAAGGGCUUCCUGAGAGUCCCAGCUCGCCUCGAGGAGAUUAUGUGUGCGCCUGCCUCGGGCCAGUCAUCAGCCUGGGAGAACUACACGGUUUUCUAUGAUUUCCCCAAGCCUCAUCAACGGACCUCCGAUCUCGAGAUGUUAUGGCUGUACCAAGUAGCCCACACGACAGCAAAGAUUCUUGAGCGUUUUGGGUACGUGUAUGUCGCCUGUGGUGGGACCCUGAUCGGCGCGCUAAGAGAUGGAGGCAUCGUAGCGCAUGACGACGAUAUCGACUUGUGCACGGACAAGCGGAACUUCAGGCGGAUGAUGAAGGACUCUGCCGUGCUGAAGGCAUUCAAUGCCAACGGCUUGCAGCUGCUGCAGUUCAGCAGAUACAAGGGCGGCGUUGGUUGUUUGCACUGCCGAGCCGACCGUGAGCGAUGCCGACCGCUCGACAUCCUCGAGAUGGUCAAGCAUCCGCAGGAUCCCUCUAGGUUCAUCAUGCACUUCUGCUACAAUGAAGUGAGGAAGAAAGGCGAUGCUGUGGACCGGGCGGAUUGUCGCGGCAGGACAUUUCCCGUUGAUGUCCUUGACCACGCCAUCCAUGUGCCUUUCGGUUCCAGCUCGGUAUUGGCGCCAGUGGUCGGAGUCGCUGAGAAGCACUUGACUGGCGUCACUGUUGGGGAUUUCCUCGCGCAUCUCUCUGGCUACGUGUUGCCUCCUAAGCAGAUCUUCACGGUAGAGGCGGCCAUCCUCAAUGAGCUCAACUUCGAUGUCUAUAGCCAGACGGCAGAGAAUAUCAUCAGAAGUGCCUUCUCCGCUCACUGCCCGGUGCUCGACGCCGGACCCCUCCCUCGGGAGUACUGGUUAGCGCAGUACUUGAUGGAGAUCCUCGCCGUCUCUAAGCCGCUCUCUGUGCUGAAUACACAGGCCAGUCUGGUGGCGGUCUGCAUUGCUUGCGAGGUUCUUGGUGCUUCCAGCCCCGUGGCGGCUCCCGAUGGUUUCGAUCGUCUCCGAAGGGAAAUACUCCGACUCUGGCAGUCUCGAAUGAGGAUUUUAGGGCAUGCCUUAGCUGAGGCGAUUGAUAGGAAGUAUGCAUCACUGAAGCGCCGAUGCGUCAGCUUGAUAUCUCUGCAAUAUUACUUCGAAGAGGCUACCCAGUACUCUUCAUAA